AUGGCUUCUUCAUCCGAAACUCCAUCCGUUGUUGAUCAAACCACUUCAUCAGGCCUACUGAGCAUGAAGGCCAACCAAAAUCUCAUAUUGGACCUCGAUCCAUCCAAGUAUGAAGCUUUUCUCCAGCCAUUGAUCGAGUUCCUGCGACACUCUCCUUUGGCUCAAGCUCUUCCGAUGUCAGAAAAUGCUCCUUUGGCUCAUCUAUCAAAAGCUUUCUCUACAGCUCGCUACCAGGAAAGUGGGUCGAUCAUUACUUUCAAGACUGCUGCUCAACCAACCUCCAUCACCAAGGCCCGAUAUAGCAGGUUGCUUGGGUUUCCUACUUCUAGGGAUUUGAUUGAUCCUGAAUCUGUCUCUUCUUCUGCCAUUUUGGAGAUGUUCUACCAAAUGAGUUAUCUAGAAAAUCUUGUUAUAUUAUCCAAGUUCAAGAAGCCCAACCUUCCACCAAUGUGGAACAGGAUAUUUACCCUAAUUUUUAGAAGCUUCCCAGAAAGGGUAACGGGUUCAAACAGUUCUAGUAAGCUCUUCCUCAUUAUUCUUGAUGCGGUCAAAUAG